AUGUCUGGGAGAAAGCGGAGAAUUGACGAUGUCGAUAACAGCGACAAUGACAACCGGAAAAAACAAGCGAGAGUUUCAAACCUAGGCAGUGGAGCGAACAGUGGACAGUCCUCUUCAGUGUUGAACGCCGAAGCUGUUGCCAAAGCUCCGAACACGGCAGCUGCCGUUUCUAGCCAGGCUGUGAGUGGUGAGGCCCUUGGUACCAAAAUCGCUCCCCCAGAAGCUGAGCCAAGCAGAGACAAAGGGAAACAGCGGCAAGAACAAGUGGAGGAAGCUAAAGAAGCCGCAAAAGAAGCGGGAAUCUCAGUUGACCACAAAGAGUCCACUGCAGGACCUUCGACUGAACCAAGCAAGCAGCCCCGGGUGAAAAGGCAGCGUCGCAGAAAGACUGACCCAGUGCCAGACCCCGUGGAGAAGGCUCUUAGCAGGAUUGAGAACAAUCCUACCAAACGUACUGACAGAGCGUGUGACAAUUGCAGAGUUCAGAAGUUGAAGUGCGAUAACGACCCCGAUGGCUGUGCACAAUGUGUGAAAAGGAGCAUGCAGUGCACAUUGACUUUAGCAACCCAGAAGACCUAUGUUCGGGGAGCUCCCCGGGAGACUGGACAGGCCCGAGAUGGAUUGAAUCUUGAGGUUGAGAGGCUCCGCGCAGACGUUAACUUGCUGCAGCAAGAUGUUGUCAUGCUCCGGCGAGAUAUCCACCUGCUACGACAGGAGAAUAUGCAGUUACGUCGCGUGCUGGCCGGCUCUCAGACAGUGUUUCCUAACUACAAUCAAUUUCCUUGGAAUCCUCCUCCGGCUGGGCAAGCGCCUCCCCACGCCCCCUACGAAGUGCAUCCUCAAGCCCAAGCGGCAAGCCAGGGAGCUGGCUACAUGCCACUUCCUGUAAACUUUCCUCCGGCAGGACACGAAACACUCUAUCCCGAGCUUCCCGCAAACCCUUCUUUGGCAGGGCAAGGAGCUGGCUACUUGCCAUUUCCUGGAAACGCUCCUCUGGCAGGACCGGGAGCACUCUAUCCCAAACUUCCCGCAAGCCCUCCUCCGGCAGGACAGGGAGCAGGCAAUCCCGCACCUCCUCCAAACCUUCCCCUAAUGAGACCAGGCCUUCUCAACUUUCCACCUGCUCCGAGCCUUCUUCCAGUAACACAAGAAGCUGCCAAUUUCCUACCUGCUCCAACAACGCCUCCGCCGGGGCAAGGCUCUCCCUCCGUUCAAUCUGGCGGCAGCAGUCCUUACCAGACAUCUUCUGAGGCGAGUAAAGGUAAUGAUGACACCAACUUCGGUAUUACUAACAGUGAUCCAGCUUUCGCUAACCAAGUUGUUCCCCCAAUGACCGAGCAGGGUGGUGGCCAACCAGCUCUGGGAGCACAGAAACCUGGUUACCAGGACACUAUGGCCGAUCCCACUGCGAUGGGCGGUCUCGAUGAUGAUUUUCUGGCAGGGUUUGUCGCUCAACCAGUUGAUCUGAACGACCUCAAUGUCUUCAAUCUCUUCAAUGCCUCCGAUGGUGACAAUGGCGACAACGGUAACAAUGGUGGGGAUCCCAUAGACUUGUCAACGCUACCUGCUGACAGAGCUCGUCUCGCGCCCAUCACCAAACAGCCGUCUCAUCCCAGUGCUGCUAAUGCUGUGGGCCCAGCGACAAACCCCUUAACAAUUGACCCUGCACAACUUAACUUGCAACCAGUUGAUUACCCGCAGGUUGGAAGUCCAACUACGACACUGGCAAUGGAAGAUGUUCUAUGGAAUUUACAAAAUGGGAGAGACAAUGAAGGUCUUCAGCCGAACUAA